GUGUUUCCACACGGAACUAUUAUUGUGUGUGACGCAUUAACGGUGCUCUGCUCACUACGUGCGAAUAAUGAUCUAUCUCAAACUUUCAAGCAAUCAUCGAUUAUUGGAUAUUUACAUUAUUUCUUAAUUUUUUAGGUAGGUACUAAACGCACAACACAGUUCUUAUGUUUUGUAUGCAUCGGCAGAUUAUGAAUUUCUUCCGCAACCGUCUGGUGGUUCUGGGGCUGGUGUUACUGGCCACGGUGCUGCUGUAUCUGCUGCUGCCCUCCAUCCGGCAAGGGAGCAUGGAACCGUCUCUGGAGGUGCAGCAGCGGAUGGGUCUGAUCCCCGCCUCUCCUCCUCCGCCGUCCGGCAUCAACAUCACGGUCAGGACCGGACAGCUGCCCGGGGACCCGCCGCUCUUCUUCCGGGAGGCUCUACCCGUGGACAACGCCGGACGACAGAUACUGCCCAGGCUGCAGUUGGUUCUGCUUCAUGGUCAGGCCUUCACCUCUAAGACCUGGGAGGAGUUGGGCACCCUCAGCCUACUGGCGUCCAACGGGUACCAGGCCCUCGCGCUCGACCUGCCCGGUUUCGGGAAUUCUCCAGAUUCAGAGUCGGUUAAGUCGGACCAGAGCCGCGUGGACCUGCUGAAGCGUUUUCUGGAAGCUCUGGGCGUGCGAGCGCCGGUGUUACUGAGCCCAUCUAUGAGUGGCCAUUACGCCCUGCCGUUCCUCCAGAAACACAGCGCCCAGCUGCACGGCUUCGUGCCCAUCGCCCCCGUGGGUACCCGCGGCAUCACCCCACAGCAGUACCGCGACAUCCAGACUCCGACGCUGAUCGUAUAUGGGGAGUUAGACACCAACCUGGGCGCCCAAUCACAUAAGAACCUGAUUCAGCUGCCCCAUCACACCGCGGUGAAGCUGGCGGGAGCACGACACGCCUGUUACAUGGACAAACCCCGCGAGUUCCACCGCGCUCUGCUCGACUUCCUCAGCAAGCUCGACUGAGUGCCAAACCAGUCAAACGAUUGUGUGGGAAAGACUACUAGAAGAAAAAGAGAGACACGAGAAAAGAAAAUGAUGAACAGGGCUGUGGAGUAGCUGUAAAUCCAGUCCUGAAACCUAAAACAACACCGGAACGUUCUAUCAUGCAUCUGUCCAUCCACAUCAACUCACUCUUUAUUAUUUCCCUUUUGUUAAUAUAUAUAAAACAAACGAAUCUUCUGCAGGAUUACUAGAGGACAGCUUCUUUUGUAGAUUGUAAACAUUGACUUUUAUAGGUUUCUACACUGUUGCCAUGGAUCCCUCUUGUUUUUACUGUUGGUACUGUAACAGCCUGCCUAAAGGUUGUUAUGGUUUCCAGUCUGAGGGUUGUUCUGUAAUGCAGUUCCUAUGGUUUCCAGUCUUGAGGAGAGUUCUGUAAUGAAGCUGCCAUGUUUUCCAGAAUGAAGGAUGUUCCUAUAACACAAUCGUCUUGAUUUCCAGUCUGAGAUUUAUUCCAUAACACUGUUGACAUGGUUUCUGGUCUGACGGAUGUUCCUGGAACACAGUUGACAUGGGUUCCUUUCUGAGGGUCUGAUGGUUUCUAGUCUGUCAGUUGCUUCAAUAACAUGGUUGCCAUGGUUUACAGACCGAGAAAUGUUCUUGUAAAUCAGUUGUCAUGCUUUGCAGUCUGACAGUUGUUCCUGUAACAUGGUUGCCAUGGUUUCCAGGCUGAGAAAUGGUCCUGUAAACCAGUUGCUAUGGUUUCCAGUCAGACAGUUGUUCCUGUAACAUGGUUUCCAUGGUUUCCAGGCUGAGAAAUGUUUCUGUAAAUCAGUUGCCAUGGUUUCCAGGCUGACAGUUGUUCCUACAACACAAUUGCCAUGGUUUCCAGUCUGACGGUUUCUCCAAUAACAUGGUUUCUAAUCUGACCAUUCUGGUCAGAUCUCCAUUCUGAUAGUUGUCCCUAACAGUUUCCAUGGUUUCUAAUCUUGACAGUUGUUCCUAUAACACAGUUGCUAUGGUUUCCAGUCUGACAGUUGUCCCUAUAACAGUUUCCAUGGUUUCCAGUCUGACAGUUGUUGUUCCUAUAACACAGUUGCUAUGGUUUCCAGUCUGACAGUUGUUCCUAUAACACAGUUAGCAUGGUUUCCAGUAUGACAGUUGCUCCAAUAACAUGGUUACCAGUCUGACAGUUGUUCCUAUAACACUGUCACUAUGGUUUCCAAUCUGACAGUUGUCCCUAUAACAGUUUCCAUGGUUUCCAGUCUGAAAGUUGUUCCUAUAACACAGUUGCUAUGGUUUCCAGUCUGACAGUUGUUCCUAUAACACAGUUAGCAUGGUUUUUCCAGUCUGACAGUUGCUCCAAUAACAUGGUUACCAGUCUGACAGUUGUUCCUAUAACAUAGUUGCUAUGGUUUCCAGUCUGACAGUUGUCCCUGUAACAGUUUCCAUGGUUUCCAGUCUGACAGUUGUUCCUAUAACACAGUUGCUAUGGUUUCCAGUCUGACAGUUGUUCCUAUAACACAGUUGCUAUGGUUUCCAGUCUGACAGUUGUUCCUAUAACACAGUUAGCAUGUUUUCCAGUCUGACAGUUGCUCCAAUAACAUGGUUACCAGUCUGACAGUUGUUCCUAUAACACUGUCGCUAUGGUUUCCAGUCUGACAGUUGUCCCUAUAACAGUUGCCAUGGUUUCCAGUCUGACAGUUGUUCCUAUAACACAGUUAGCAUGUUUUCCAGUCUGACAGUUGCUCCAAUAACAUGGUUACCAGUCUGACAGUUGUUCCUAUAACACUGUCGCUAUGGUUUCCAGUCUGACAGUUGUCCCUAUAACAGUUGCCAUGGUUUCCAGUCUGACAGUUGUUCCUAUAACACAGUAGCCAUGGUUUCCAAUCUAACAGUGGCUCCAAAAACAUGGUUCCCAUGGUUAGUAGUUGGCCCUGUAACUCAGCUGCCAUGUUUCCUGGUCUUGAGCUGUUCCUAUUGUAAUGUUGUCAUGGUUUCCUGUCUGAGGGUUGUCCUUAUAAUAUGACAGCCAUGGUUUCCUGUAACAGCAAGAAUCACAUAAUGCCAAAAAUCAUUGUCAUUUAUAACCCUGCAUUUCAAAUUUGCUUGACAGGAAACUGGAGUCUUUAAUCCCACAAGAACAUCUCAGAGACGAAAAUGGUAUUUGUCAUUUUCGGUUCGUAUAUGUUUGUUUUAUCGUUGAGUGAAGUCCAGAGUGUUCACACCAGCAGUUGGCACAUCCGUAUUACUGAAUGUAGCAUGUUAAUGUGUGGAUGACUCCCUAUAUGGUUUUAGAUGCUCAAAAACAGAGAGAAAGGUUGCUGUCAUGGCCGUAAAUUUAAUUUUUCAUUAUCAGUAGUUGCCAGAUUUGAAAUGGCAGUAGUUUACACCUCGCAAUAAAAGAGAAUUUCCUGAGACUGCAGAGAAGGAAAAAAUGUUCAUUAAAUGAUAGUGGUAUUACAUUAAUAGGCCUAAAAAUGUAGGUUUUCGUUACAUAUUUAUUAUUUAUUGCUUAAAGCUUCUACAUGACAGAAACUGUAAUGUGUGUGGUAUUUAUGUGCUGUGGUCUGUUGUUUUUUGUUUUGUGUAUAGCUUGUAAAUAUGAAUAUGUUGUAGAGGACAGUGAGGCACAUUUGACCUGUGAAUAUUUCUGAUAUCCCAAAUUUUCAACCUGAAGGGAUUUGUCAUUGGGACUGAAUUCAGAUUCCUGUGUGCAUGCAUGGUACUGCAAAACCAUCAAACAUGCUUUUGUUCAAUGCAAAAUAAAAUUCUUUAACAUUGA